GAGCUGCUGCUGCCUGCUUUAGCCAUCACUCACACUCUUCCCGCAGCCGAGGAAAACUACCGCCUGCCAAGAUGUGCAAAGGAUUAGCCGCGCUGCCCCACACGUGCCUGGAGAGGGCCAAGGAGAUCAAGACCAAGCUUGGCACACUGCUCCAGAAGCCCGACUCAGCCAUUGACUUCAUCAUCCCUUACCCGGAGAAGCCGGAGAAGCCGCCCAAGGCCCAGAAGCCAUCACCGGAGGAGGCUCUGCAGUGGCGCGAUUCCCUGGAGAAGCUCCUGCAAAACCCCUAUGGGCUCACCAGCUUCCGCAGCUUCCUGCGCUCUGAGUUCAGCGAGGAGAACGUCGAGUUUUGGGUGGCCUGUGAGGACUACAAGAAAACCAAGUCCCCCGUGAAGAUGGUGGAGAAGGCCAAGAAGAUCUACGAGGAGUUCAUCCAGACUGAGGCACCCAAAGAGGUGAACAUUGAUCACUUCACCAAGGCUGUGACCAUGAAGAACCUGGUGGAACCAUCACCGAGCAGCUUUGACAUGGCCCAGAAGAGGAUCUUUGCCCUGAUGGAGAAAGACUCCCUGCCCAGAUUUGUGCGGUCGGAGUUUUAUCAGGAGUUAAUCAAGUAGCAAUGCAGCAGGGCUGUGCGAGGCGUUCCCCACGGGCGGUCCCACUGCUUCUAUCUAAACACCUGCCCCUUCUCCUGCAGCCGCUUUGCUUUCUUGAUACCACCCUAAAAGAGCACCCAGGGGUGUCGCUAAACAUCUCCCCCUGUGCUUUGGACUGUCAGAUAGCCCAGUGUUUCCUCUCUUACAGUCUUUUUCCUCUCCCACAAAAGACCAAUUAGCAGAAACCCCUGGUGAUCCCCCCUGGGUUUGGGACCCAGAAGG